AAUGAUGCCAUUUGUUUCUAGGAUAGUUUCUUAAGCAUUGCCCAUCAGAGAGUAGUAGCAUCCCUCUCUGAGGUUCCCCCCAACCCUGGCUGAGUCCCUGCCCUCCCUUUGGCUUCUCUGGCACCCCCGAGCAGGGCCAGCCCCCCCUCCCCCCCUCCCUCUCCCUCCCUCUACGUGGAGUUCCCCACCAGGCCUGUCCCUGCCAGGGACCCCCAGGCCGAGGGAGGCGGGGAGGGGGCUCUUCGGGAGGAACAGCCUCGUGGGGGUCCUUCCCGCAGUGCUGCUCCUUUAAGGCCAAGCCCCGCCUCUCUUUGGGCGCCUGCCUCCGCCCCCAGGGUGACGUCACGGCAAGGCCAGCCCCGCCCCGAUCCCUUGGAAACAGGCAGGCAGAGGGGAGGGGGGCCUCCGCGGGCGGAAGUGAGGGGGCGCUUCCGGUUGGGCCCAGCCGAGGGAGAGGCGCCAACUCUUCGCGUGUUCCUCGGGAGCCUCGCGCGGACUCAGAACCCGGACCCUUCCCCCGGCAGAGAAGGCUGUCCUGCGAAAGGAGGGAGGCUGCAGGGUGGGAGUGGCAGAAGAAGCUUCAGGCUGAAGUGGAAAAGAACCAGCAGGUGCAGAAAGGUAACUUCUGAACAAGUUCUGCGAAGAUCACCUUGUGAGAGCUUUGCCCGAGGAGUGCUGUAAGUCUAAAGUAACUUCAAGAUACACAGCAAUGACAAGAAGAAAAAAUAAGUAGUAGAAAAAUAUAUUUCAAGCUGUGUAAUUAAGGGGGGAAAUAAGAUUGUGCUGAAGAAAGAGACGCUUGCUGAAAGUGAGCAGAAGGCUAAAGUAAUACAAAGACUGCUGUUCGGGAGGUUAUAUCUGUGAACCCCUGGCAUGAUAUUUGAAUUAUAAUUGUAAAAGAAUGUCAAGUCCUUCACCACCCUAUCCUAGAUCACACACAGGGGAGAAGUUACAUCAGUGUAUGGAAUGUGGGAAACAAUUUGAUAGGAAACAUUCUCUUACUGUUCAUGAACGGACGCACACAGGGGAGAAGCCCUAUAAAUGCAUAGAAUGUGGAGAAAGCUUCAGUUGGAAUGGCAGUCUACGUUCCCAUCAAAGGACCCAUACAGGGGAGAAGCCAUAUAAAUGUAUGAAAUGUGGAGAAAGCUUCAGUCAGAGUGGCAGUCUACGUUCCCAUCAAAGGACCCAUACAGGGGAGAAGCCAUAUAAAUGCAUGGAAUGUGGAGAAAGCUUCAGUCAGAGUGGCAGUCUACGUUCCCAUCAAAGGACCCAUACAGGGGAGAAGCCAUAUAAAUGUAUGGAAUGUGGAAAAAACUUCAGUCGGAGUGGCAGUCUACGUUCCCAUCAAAGGACACACACAGGGGAGAAGCCAUAUAAAUGCAUAGAAUGUGGAGAAAGCUUUAUUCAGAGUGACCAUCUACGUUCCCAUCAAAGGACCCACACAGGGGAGAAGCCACAUAAAUGCAUAGAAUGUGGAGAAAGCUUCAGUCGGAGUGACAGUCUACGUUCCCAUAAAAGGACCCACACAGGGGAGAAGCCCUAUAAAUGUAUAGAAUGUGGAGAAAGCUUCAGUCGGAGUGGCAGCCUACGUUCCCAUCGAAGGACCCACACAAGGGAGAAGCCAUAUAAAUGCAUGGAAUGUGGAGAAAACUUCAGUUGGAGUAGCAGUCUACAUUCCCAUCAAAGGACCCACACAGGGGAGAAGCCCUAUAAAUGCAUAGAAUGUGGAGAAAGCUUCAGUCGGAGUGACAGUCUACGUUCCCAUCAAAGGACCCACACAGGAGAGAAGCCACAUAAAUGCAUGGAAUGUGGAGAAAACUUCAGUUGGAGUAGCAGUCUACGUUCCCAUCAAAGGACCCACACAGGAGAGAAGCCACAUAAAUGCAUGGAAUGUGGAAAAAGCUUCAAUCAGAGUGGCAAUCUACGUUCCCAUCAAAGGACCCACACAGGAGAGAAGCCACAUAAAUGCAUGGAAUGUGGAAAAAGCUUCAGACAGAGUUGCAAUCUGCGUACCCAUCAAAGGAAGCACACAGGGGAGAAGCCAUAUAAAUGCAUGGAAUGUGGGAAGAGCUUCAGUCACAGUGGCAAUCUACGUUCCCAUCAAAGGACCCACACAGGGGAGAAGCCACAUAAAUGCAUGGAAUGUGGAAUGUGCUUCAGUCACAGUAAAAGUCUGCAUAUCCAUCAAAAGACCCAUACAGAGGAGAAACCAUAGAAAUGCAUAAAAUGUGGAGAAAUUUUCAGUCAGAGUUAACAAUAUGCAUUCCUAUCAAAGGACCCAAAUAGGGAAGAAUCCAUAUACAUUCAUGGAAUGGGGAAAGCGCCUCAGUCACAGUGGAAUCCGCAUUCCCAUCAAAGUUUGACAGGGACAAAUGCAAGAUACUUCACUUUGGCAGAAAAAACAGAAUGCAAAGAUACAGAAUGGGGGAUGAUGCCUGGCCCGACAGCAGUAGAUGUGAAAAAGACCUUGGAGUCCUCGUUUACAACAAGUUAAACAUGAGCCAACAAUGUGAUGCGGCUGUUAAAAAAGCCAAUGGGAUUCUGUCCUGCAUCAAUAGGAGUAUAGCGUCUGGACUGAAAACUUUAAUUUUCCUAUAAGUUAAUAUGGUCUUGUCUUGUGUUUAAUAAACCUCAGACUUUAUACCGAGAGAGCCCUGGAACAGGAGACCACCAGCCUUGCUUUGUGUGUACUUAUCCCUGCGUAGAGUGAAACCCUUUCUGGAUAUGAGACUGUUUAAUCCCACCUUUGGCAAAGGGUCCAUCAGGAUACACAGCAUAUCUCCUUAAAUGUAGAGAAUAGAGGACAAAGAAUGAUGACAAUGAUCGAUGAAGAUUCAUGAAUCCAUUGAGAUGGACACAUUAACUAAAUUGAUGAAGUAUAGAACAGCAUUGAAAGGAAACAGAGUAAAUAGAGAUAGAAAUCAUAUAGUGGGUGAGAGUUUUGUAGACUAGUGUCAGUUUUGUUCUAAUUGUGCAGGUGUGUGUCCUUGCUCCCUUUAUAUUUGUUAAAUAGUCCUUUUUCCAAAAAAAUGUAUCAAAAUUAUUAUUUGUGUAAAAAUAUUGUUUUUAAAUACCAAAAUUGUAAUUUGUUUAAAUGGGCUUGGGUAUGUUUUUCUUUUUGUCUUUGAAUAAAUAUUGUUUUUUAAAACGAGUGUGAUACA